UAAUUGUCUGAUCUCUUAAUGUUAACAAACAUUUGAUUUAUUUAAACAAUUUUUAUAAUAAUUUAUUUAAUAAUUUUUAGCUAAAGAAGUGGCAAAUCAUCAAAAUGUUGAGACAAAGAGUUUUCACAAACUUAUCAAAUGUUAAGACAGAGACCAACUCUCUGAAGACUAACAAAGCCAUUAAACGCACUCUUGAUGUGUCUCUUAAUAAAGAAUGUCUGAAGAAGAAGAAUAAGUCUGUAAAUACAAUAAACAGUAAUUGUAUUGUUGAUCAAAAUGACGAAAACAAAGAAAUGUUUGAUCCAACGCUUACAAUUGAGAGAAAGGUUAAGGCCAUUGACAUCGGAUCCAAUGUCAAAGAAAUAGACAUCGAAAGGGAACAAAUGGCAGACAUAUCAGAACAAGAAGAAUCACAAUUGAAUGACCAAUCAUUUGAAGCCAAUACCAUCGACUUUCACGAUCCGACUACUUAUUAUUGUCCACCAAAAGAUAUUCCCGACUCUAUUGAAGACUUCGACAAAAGUCAGCUCAAGAGCAUAGACUCGGAACCACAUUAUUCGGCGGAUAUUUUCAGAUAUUACAGGGAAAAGGAGGCCAACAAACCAAUUAAAAAGUAUAUGCAUUCACAGCCAGAGAUCACCAAAGCUAUGCGGUCUGUUCUCGUCGAUUGGAUGGUUGAAGUCCAGGAAAGCUUCGAAUUAAAUCACGAAACAUUAUAUUUAGCCAUCAAACUGAUGGAUCACCUCUUAACGAAAGAGCAGAUACCUAAAGUACAAUUUCAAUUGGUUGGCGCAACUGUCCUCUUAAUUGCUGCAAAAUUUGAUGAACGCAUUCCUCCUGCAAUUGAAGACUUUCUGUACAUUUGUGACGACGCCUAUACCAGAAAUGAUGUUAUUUUGAUGGAAAUGCGAAUCUUGAAAGCAAUAGAUUUUGAUUUAUGUUUUGCCAUUUCUUAUCGAUUUCUUCGCCGAUACGCUCGGUGCGCCAAACUAUCAAUGGAAACAUUAACUUUGGCCCGAUUUAUAUUAGAGAUGUCUCUAAUGGAGUACGAAAUCAUAGAGGAGGCGGACUCUCGAGUGGCGGCCGCAGCUCUCAUGUUAGCUCUCAGAAUGAAAGGACAGACUGAUUGGAACGAAACUCUUGAGUAUUAUUCGGGAUAUAAAUCAAGCGAUCUCUUGAUUUUGAUGUACAGAUUGAAUGAAAUAAUAACAACACAAACGAAAAACAAAACUAUAAGAACUAAAUAUUCUCAUAAAAUAUUCUUCGAAGUGGCCAAUAUAUCACCCCUACCUCGCAUUAAACCCGAAAGAAUGUGAUUUAUAUAAAAGAAAAUCAUUUAACAAAUUAAUUAAUAAAUGCAUUUUAUUAUAU